CCUGUGGCUGUCGGUCGUCUCCGAGGUGCUCUACAUCCUCCUGCUGGUGGUUGGUUUCAGCCUCAUGUGUCUCGAGCUCUUCCACUCCAGCAAUGUCAUCGACGGGCUCAAGCUCAAUGCCUUUGCGGCCGUCUUCACGGUGCUCUCAGGUCUCCUGGGAAUGGUAGCCCACAUGAUGUACACGCAGGUGUUCCAGGUCACCGCGAGCCUCGGCCCUGAAGACUGGAGGCCCCAUUCCUGGGACUACGGGUGGUCCUUCUGCCUGGCGUGGGGCUCCUUUACCUGCUGCAUGGCAGCCUCUGUCACCACGCUCAACUCCUACACCAAGACGGUCAUUGAGUUCCGGCACAAGCGCAAGGUCUUUGAGCAGGGCUACCGGGAGGAGCCGACCUUCAUAGACCCUGAGGCCAUCAAGUACUUCCGGGAGAGGAUGGAGAAGGGGGACGGAAACGAGGAGGAGGACCUCCGCUUGGAUUGCCGACACGAGAGAUACCCUGCCCGAUACCAGCCACACAUGGGAGAUUCCUGGCCCCGGAGCUCUGCACAGGAGGUGCCGGAGCUGAACCGCCAGUGCUGGGUCCUGGGCCACUGGGUGUGACAGCGACCAGCCUGGCUCCAGACCUCGGGCCGUCAUCGGCACCAGCCCCCUGCUGCAAGACCGCUGGUCUGGCGCCUUUGGAAACCUGGCCUGUGUGGGACACAUGUGGCCUACCCUGCCCGCUGCUGCCUGGGUCUCAGGGCCCUGGAAACGGGGCCAGGGCAGCCGGAGGGACCGCACAGGGCUGCACAGCGUGACUCUGGGACAGCAACUCCUAACUCUCGCCACCGCCACAUGCAGAGCCCUGCUGGAUGCAGCUGGGAUGCCGGGAAAGGCACAGACCUCGGCCACCGAAAACCUGGGACCCAUGAGCCAGCCAGGAAGUUCAGGAGGUCCCCAGCGUGCGGAGCCCUGCGGGGGGCAGGGAAUGGGUGGGGCUUCCUGAAGGAGGGGCAGUGGCACCAGGGGGUUCACACAGCAGGCACACAGCAAGGGCUCAAUAAACGCUUGUUGAAUCUG